CAUGUGGUCAGCUCUGGGCUCCUAAGCCAGCCCCCAGCUCACAUUACACUCUAUUUAUAACCUCUCCGAGCCAUUUCCCCCAUGAAAGCAGUUCUCUGGGACCACCUUCUUUUGGCUUCCACCUCUCCCACACUUGACAUCUGAGCAGCUGCGAGGGAAGCUCCUCCAGGUCCCAGUGUUUAUAUGUGCAGGAGACUGGCCGCUAAGGUUUAGGACUGGGAUUAGCCAGCUCUGCUCAAACGCGCGACUCAUACGGAGUGUGUGUGUGCGUGUGUUGGGAGAAAGAGUUCUAGGACUUUCAGUGAAAAGUGACAGAGCUUGGUGGUCUUUGGGACCAUCCUGAAGUCUUCUGCCUGCAAGUCCAGACGUGCAUGCCAUGGAACACCCCCUCUUUGGCUGCCUGCGCAGCCCCCACGCCACCGCGCAAGGCUUGCACCCUUUCUCGCAGUCUUCUCUGGCCCUCCAUGGAAGAUCUGACCACAUGUCCUACCCCGAACUCUCCACAUCUUCCUCGUCUUGCAUAAUCGCGGGAUACCCCAACGAGGAGAGCAUGUUUGCCAGCCAGCAUCACAGGGGGCACCACCACCACCACCACCACCACCAUCACCACCACCAGCAGCAGCAGCACCAGGCUCUUCAGAGCAACUGGCACCUCCCGCAGAUGUCCUCCCCGCCGAGCGCGGCCCGGCACAGCCUGUGCCUGCAGCCCGACUCGGGAGGGCCUCCCGAGCUGGGGAGCAGCCCUCCGGUCCUGUGUUCCAACUCCUCCAGCCUGGGCUCCAGCACCCCGACCGGAGCCGCGUGCGCACCCGGGGACUAUGGCCGCCAAGCGCUGUCACCCGCGGAGGUGGAAAAGAGAGGCGGCGGCAAGAGGAAAAGCGACAGCUCAGAUUCCCAGGAAGGAAAUUACAAGUCAGAAGUGAACAGCAAACCUAGAAAGGAAAGAACAGCUUUUACCAAAGAGCAAAUCAGAGAACUCGAGGCAGAAUUUGCCCAUCAUAAUUAUUUGACCAGACUGAGAAGAUAUGAGAUAGCAGUGAAUCUAGAUCUCACCGAAAGACAGGUGAAAGUGUGGUUCCAGAACAGGAGAAUGAAGUGGAAGCGGGUCAAAGGGGGACAGCAAGGGGCUGCAGCUCGAGAAAAGGAACUGGUGAAUGUGAAAAAGGGAACGCUUCUCCCAUCGGAGCUGUCAGGGAUUGGUGCAGCGACCCUACAGCAGACAGGGGACUCUCUAGCAAAUGACGACAGUCGCGACAGCGACCACAGCUCAGAGCAUGCACACUUGUGAUACACACAGGGACCAGCUCCAUUCUCAGGAAAGCGCCACUGUGACGGCAAGCCUUACCCAAACAUCGUUUACAUGGCAGAUGACUGUGGCAGUUGCUUAGUAUAAUCAAAUGCAGGCAUCUCAAGUCUUGUCUCUCGCGGUUGAUAGAAGGUUUACACUAAGUGCCUCUUAUUGAAGAUGCUUCCACAGUGAAAUUGGAGAAGGGGAGCGUAUUUCAAAUACACUUGUUCCUAUAUGUGACAGAGAGGGAGAUGAGUGUUUGCUUUGGGUUUCACUGAAAAUUAAACUGCCACCAAGAGCAAACUCGAUAAGAAGUUUCUUUUCAAAAUGUCUCCAAGGCGAAGAUGUUAAAAAUGAAAAUGCUUUGAACAUUCCAGUUGUACCAGGUCAUGUGUGUGACAUUGGGCAGGUAUUUGCUUUUGCUUGCACUGAAAAGUAAAUUGCUAUCAAGUAAUUAACCCAUGAAAUAGUUUAUCCUGAACAGCCACAGUGCCUGAAAUCACCAAGUGGAUGGAAAAUGUAUUCAAACUCUGUAUAUAUUACCCCUAAAUCAUGUUCCUGUCUUCACUAAUUUUAGCAAACGCAUUCAUAUUAGCUGAUGAAUAUAGGCUCUCCCAUUGACAAGCACAGCCAAGCUUCCUGUACUUUUAUACAGUUUUGUCAGUCAGAGACAGUCAGUCUGUGCUUACUUGUGUUCCUGUAGAGAAAAUGAAGCAGAGUCUGAUAGGACAUAUUCUUGUACCACAGACAAAACAAAUCUUCUGUUGCAUUUACUAUCAACUGCUGCUGAUACAUUAUAGAACAUACCUAGCCCUCGAGUCUUCC